AUGCUGGUGUACAGAGGGGCAGAAGGCGGUGCGCACAGCCAAGCCGUCUGCAGUUCGAGACGGCGGAAGAAAUCCACCGGGGACUUGUUCCAAAAGGGGUACAGGGUCCGCGUGGGGCACCCCGAGAAAGAGGAGCCCGAGGGGGUGUGUCACAGUAUCACAGCUGCCUUCGGUGUGGUCUCCUACUGGGGUUUGAGGUUCCUAAGGGCCUUAAGGUUGAUACAGUUCUCAGAAAUUUUACAGUUUUUGAAUAUCCUUAAAACGAGUAACUCCAUCAAACUGGUCAACCUCUGCUCCAUCUUCAUAAGCACAUGGCUCACAGCAGCAGGGUUCAUACAUUUGGUGGAGAACUCGGGCGACCCAUGGGAGAACUUCCAGAACUCCCAGGCGCUGUCGUACUGGGAGUGUGUGUAUCUGUUGAUGGUCACCAUGUCCACGGUGGGGUACGGAGACGUCUACGCCAAGACCACGCUGGGACGCCUCUUCAUGGUCUUCUUCAUCCUCGGAGGACUGGCCAUGUUUGCCAGCUACGUCCCUGAAAUCAUAGAGUUAAUAGGAAACCGCAAGAAAUACGGCGGUUCCUAUAGUGCCGCCAUGUUUGCUCGCUACGUGCCCGAAAUUGCAGCUCUCAUCUUAAAUCGCAAGAAGUACGGAGGCAGCUAUAACUCAACCAGAGGCAGAAAACACAUCGUCGUCUGCGGCCACAUCACGCUGGAAAGUGUCUCCAACUUCCUCAAAGACUUCCUACACAAGGACAGGGAUGAUGUCAAUGUAGAAAUUGUUUUUCUCCAUAAUAUUUCCCCUAAUCUUGAGCUGGAAGCCUUGUUCAAGCGUCACUUCACUCAGGUCGAGUUUUACCAGGGAUCGGUCCUGAACCCACACGACCUGGCCCGCGUCAAGAUCGAGUCGGCGGAUGCUUGUCUGAUUUUGGCAAACAAGUACUGUGCCGACCCGGACGCCGAAGAUGCCUCCAACAUCAUGAGAGUCAUCUCCAUAAAGAACUACCACCCCAAGAUCCGAAUCAUCACCCAGAUGCUCCAGUACCACAACAAGGCCCACCUGCUGAACAUCCCGAGUUGGAACUGGAAGGAGGGGGACGACGCCAUCUGCCUGGCCGAGCUGAAGCUGGGGUUCAUCGCUCAGAGCUGCCUGGCUCAGGGUCUGUCCACCAUGUUGGCAAACCUGUUCUCCAUGAGGUCCUUCAUCAAGAUUGAGGAGGACACAUGGCAGAAGUAUUACCUGGAGGGAGUGUCCAAUGAGAUGUACACGGAGUAUCUGUCCAGUGCCUUCGUGGGGCUGUCCUUCCCCGUCAUCUGCGAAUUGUGCUACGUGAAGCUGAAGCUGCUGCUCAUCGCCAUCGAGUACAAGUCCGACCAGAGAGAGAGCAGCACGUUGAUAAACCCCGGGAACCACGUGAAGAUGACGGAGGGGACUCUUGGGUUCUUCAUCGCCAGCGACGCCAAAGAGGUCAAACGAGCCUUGUUCUACUGUAAAGCCUGCCACGAUGACAUCACAGACCCAAAACGCAUCAAGAAGUGUGGAUGCAAGAAAAACAAGAUGGCCGCCUCCCGCAGCGAGCGCCUGGCCUGUUGCUUUGGCUUUGGGUGCAUGCGUCUUAGUGACCGUAGUGUUCCGGACGUCCCGCUCUCCGCUGUCUCUGUUAGCUCGGCCUCUAAAAAUACCUAUAACGGAUAUAUCAAAUCAACCCCUGAGCCUCCCUUGCUCCAGUCCAAUCACCUGGACUCCGCCCUGGACACCAGUAGGGGGCAGCAGAGCGUGGUCCCACUGGUGAACAACCGCAAGGGGAGCCUGCUGCCUCCUCCGAGAAAACGCCACAUGGUCCAAACGGAGGACGGCAAGAGGUUGCAGCGAGCCCAGAGUCUGCCAGUCAAAUACAGAUACCACCCCAGUAACAGGCAGUUUGAGGAGGACCAGCACUCGGCUCUGUCUCCAAAGAAAAAGCAACGCAACGGAAACAUGAAGAAUUCUCCAAACUCCUCUCCCAAAAUCAUGCGACACGACUCUCUGAUGAUUCCCAUGAACGAGCCGAUCGAGAGCAUGGACGAGAACGUGAAGAAGUACGACUCGACCGGGAUGUUCCACUGGUGUCCGUCCAAAGACAUCGAGAGAGUUCUCCUGACCCGUAGCGAGGCGGCCAUGACGGUGCUGAGCGGACACGUGGUGGUGUGUAUCUUCGGAGACGCCAAAUCGGCUCUGAUCGGAGUCAGGAACUUUGUGAUGCCGCUGAGAGCCAGUAACUUCCACUACCACGAGCUGAAGCACAUCGUGUUCGUGGGAUCUCUGGAAUAUCUCAAGAGGGAGUGGGAGACGCUACACAACUUCCCCAAAGUCUCCAUUCUGCCUGGCACUCCCCUGAGCCGAGCAGACCUCCGGGCCGUCAACAUUAACCUGUGCGACAUGUGCGUGAUCCUGUCGGCCAAUCAGAACAACAUCGACGACGCCUCGCUGCAGGACAAAGAGUGCAUCCUGGCGUCGCUCAACAUCAAGUCCAUGCUGUUCGACGACAGCAUCGGCCUCCUGCAGGCUAACUCCCAAGGCUUCACCCCCCCAGGGAUGGACCGCUCCUCUCCAGAGAACAGCCCGGUCCAUGGUUUAGUCCGACAGACAUCAGUCUCGACCGGAGCCAACAUCCCCAUCAUCACUGAGCUCGCCAAACAGGGCAAACAGCUCCCUGUGAUUUCGUUCAGUCCGGAUAAGAGUAGUGGGACCAGCAUUCAAAUGAUUACGGAGUUGGUGAAUGAUUCAAACGUGCAGUUCUUGGACCAGGACGAUGACGACGACCCGGACACAGAGCUGUACCUCACGCAGCCGUUCGCCUGCGGGACGGCGUUCGCGGUCAGCGUCCUGGACUCGCUCAUGAGUGCGACCUACUUCAACGACAACAUCCUGACGCUGAUCCGAACCCUGGUGACCGGAGGCGCCACCCCAGAGCUGGAGGGUCUGCUGGCCGAGGAGAACGCCCUGAGAGGGGGGUACAGCACGCCCCAGACCCUGGCCAACCGCGACCGCUGCCGAGUGGCCCAGCUCGCUCUGUACGACGGACCCUUCGCUGAUCUGGGGGAUGGUGGUUGUUAUGGCGACCUGUUCUGUAAAGCCCUGAAGACGUACAACAUGCUGUGUUUCGGCAUCUACAGACUCCGAGACGCACACUUCAACACACAGAGCCAGUGCACCAAACGGUACGUGAUCACCAACCCUCCGUACUCCUUCGAGCUGGUGCCCUCAGACCUGAUCUUCUGCCUGAUGCAGUUUGACCACAACGCGGGUCAGUCUCGCUGCAGUCUCUCCCACUCCUCCCACUCGUCCCACUCGUCCAAGAAGAGCUCGUCGGUGCACUCCAUCCCCACGGCCAACCGCAACAACCGCAACAAGAACCGCGACAAGCAAAACAGCCGCCAGAUCAGCUGA